AUGGCGGCUUCAGCUGCGAAGCCGGAUAUGGGCGAGGAGUUGCUGAACCUGCUCGAGCACGUGUUGGUCAGCUACGAGAAUCUUCCAGGGCUUGUCAAGCAUUCGAAGCCACUUGCCAAAUUGAUCCUCGCCGACCUUCAGAAGUGCUUCUCAUUUGACAGGAGAAAUGGUUAUAGCUCGAAAAAACCGCCGUCCCGGACAGCGUCUGGGACAAAGAUUUUUCACAUUGGCAACGAUGAAGCGGAGGAGCUGGAUGAAGCCACACCGACACCUGCCACCUACAUCUCAACGCUAACCAACGGGUGCUCUGCCGUAUCACUGGAGAACGGGGAUUCGGACUCGGAUUCCACAUGCAGAAUCAAGGCUGUCGGCAGUGUCGAGGGUCUGGAACGAGCUUUCCGGUCAGAGCACUCUCUCUCCGACCGGGACUACCUCCUCCAGAUGAAGGGCAAACGGAUCAAACACCGCGAGCUGGAGAACCUCAUCGACGGGCGCGACUCAAAGAAGAGGGCCGUAGCGCUGAGGAGGGAUUUUGUGCAGCAUUUCAAUCGCGGAGUAUCGCUGGAGCAGCUGCCGUACUUUAACUAUGACUACGAGCCGGUCUCUCAAGCAUGCUGCGAAAACGUCAUCGGAUAUAUGCCGAUACCAGUGGGGGUGGCGGGACCCUUGAAAGUAAACCAACGCGAUAUUUAUAUACCCCUGGCGACGACGGAAGGAGCGCUAGUCGCUUCGACAAAUCGAGGAUGUGCAGCGCUAGCGCGGUCCGGCGGCGUGAACGUGUUCAUUAUCGACGACAAAAUGACCCGGGCCCCCGUCGUCAAAUUCAAGGAUGUUGCGGCUUGUCUCGCAGUCGAUAAAUGGCUAAGGGACCCGGACAAUUUCGACAAUAUUAAGCGGGAAUUCGAGUCGGACAGCAGUUACGCCAAGUUGCUGAAAAUCGAGUCGAGUCCGGAGGGCCUGUUUUUGUUUAUCAAAUUCUUCGCGAGCACCGGCGAUGCGAUGGGCAUGAAUAUGGUAUCUAAAGGCUGCCAGCACGCGAUGCGCUACAUCAAGGGUGUCUUCAGCGAAAUGGAGGUCGUUUGCUUGUCUGGGAAUUAUUGCGUCGACAAAAAGGCGGCGGCAGUAAAUUUGAUUCAAGGCCGAGGGAAGUCGGUGGUAGCUGAAGCCGUCCUUACUGAGGCGGUCGUCAGCGGGAUCCUGAAGACCAGCCCCCGGGCGAUGGUUGAGGCAGCGAGGGCAAAGCUCGAGGUCGGGUCCGCGCACGCUGUGACGCUAGGCGGCCAAAAUUGUCAUGCUGCGAACAUUGUUGCUGCUCUUUUCUUAGCUUCUGGACAGGACGUCGCCCAAGUCGUUUCCUCCUCGAUGUGCACCACGCGAAUGGAGAUCAACGAGUACAACGACCUGCACGUUACCUGCCAGAUGCCAGUAGUGGAAGUCGGCACGGUUGGCGGAGGCACUGUUUUGCCAGCGCAGAAGACGGCGCUAGAGAUGAUGGGCGUCGCUGGCGGAAACCGUAGCAACCCCGGCGAAAAUUCCCGUGAAUUGGCGCGUAUCGUUUGUGGAGCCGUACUCGCUGGUGAAUUGUCUCUGCUCGCCGCCCUGGCUACAGACGAUCUAGUGGCCAGUCACAUGAAGCUGAAUAGAUCCCGACUAAAUCUUUAUACGAACGGCUCCGAUGCCACACCACACCUCUCGGCUCCCCUCCUCAACCUCAACUUGAGCCCCUGCUUCCGGGAAAGGCGAGACACCCUGCAAGCCAAUGGAAAUGGCCGACGUCAGAGGCGGAUAUCCGACAACCGGAACACCAAUUGUUCGAAUAUUCUA